AGAAAGAAGCGAUGUGACAGGGACCUGCCCGCCUGUAAAAAUUGCCGAUCUGCACGAGUCAAAUGCAGCUUGAUCGACGAUAAUUCCCAAACUGCGUCCUACUCUGUCGCAUACGUCCGUGGCCUGGAAAGACGCCUUGAAGAACUGUGCACUAAUCUCGUGCCCGAACCGCAAAUGUCGCCGCCAGUCGAAGACUGUUUGAUAGACUCGGGUAACGAUCAACCUUAUUCAGACUCCGCUGUGGCCGAUCUCAUGGGCCCAAAUCCAGUGUGUGAAGGACAAGGACCAGAAGACUUCCUGGGUCCACCUCCUCCAAAGGACCUGCCGGUCGAACCACGUCUUCAAGAGUUGGAAGUGCAUAUUGAGCCCCUUGCUCAAGAGCCGUCCCCCACCUUUGAUCAGGAACUCAAAAGCGUCUCGUUCAGUGUUGCUGCAGAGCGACAUUUGGGGUCAACAUCCGGCCUAUCCUUUGCCAAACUCACGCAGAUGGUACUUCGCCGCUUGACCCCCGAUAGGGCGGACUUCGUCUUCGACAACCCUCAGCGUAGUUUCAACAGUGAGCAGCUUUUCGACUUUGACUCUUCGCUAGAUUUUUUCAACUCGCAUGUCUUCGAAACGCUGAGCGAGUCCAUCCCCAGCCAUCCUGCUCUAUUCGGCGACAUCUUAUUAGCGGACACCAUAGAACCGACGGAUGCGGUUUCCGGACUCAGUUUGCCGACGAACGAAGUGUACACCAAGCGUUUGGUAGACUUUUAUUUCGCUCAUUCGCAUACGUUGUAUCCAAUACUCGUGAAAAGCGGCUUCAUGCAAACCUUGCAGCUGGUCCGGGAUAAUCCUUUGGAUCCAGCGGCGCAAUGCCCUUUGGCCCUUUUUCGAGUCUGGAUGGUAUUCGCCAUCGGGUCAACGGCGUACUCCUCGGUUACCUUGAUGGAAGAAUCAGAAUCUCGAAUAUACUAUAGCAAAGCACUUGAGUACUUUGAACGGGCGAUGGCGCUUGGGGAAAUGGCCGCUCUAGAAGUGAUCAUGUUGCAAAUCUCAUACUCAUUCUUCAACCAGCUCGGCCCGAAUACUUGGUUUCUCGUCGGCAUGGCAGCUCGCUUGGCAGUUGGGAUCGGGUUGCAUAUCGAAUCAACAUAUGCGAUCUGGCCCAUUGAUAUUCAGCAGCAUCGCAAACGUAUCUUCUUUUCCAUCUACAUGAUGGAUCGCGUCGUUUCGCUAGCACUAGGUCGCCCAUUCGCUUUACAUGAUGAUGACAUUGACGUUUCGCCUUUCACAGAUGCCGGCGAAGAUGACAUCCACGCUGACGGUAUCCGAUCCCAGAGCUCACUUACUCCAUCCAUCAUCUCCGUGCCGCUUCAUAUCUUGGCCCUACGAACAAUCGCAGGGAAAAUAGCUAAACAGGUGUAUUCCAAUCGUCGUGCCCUUUCUCUGACUAUGGAAGAGCGUGAGGAGAUCUUACUUUCGCUGCAUAAAGAGCUCAUUGAUUGGCGGCGUAAUAUGCCAUUCCCACUUCCCGACAUCAGCGACAGAGUGCCACACUUCAGUACCAACUGGUAUGACUUCAACUAUUACACCCACGUUGCUAUGCUCUAUAGGCCGUCGCCUCUGUUUCCGGUCGUCGACGAGAGAAAGAUCAAGAUUCUUGAAGAGGCAUCAUCCAUGUCCCUUCGCCAAGCGUUCAAUAUGCAUCAGCAGCAACGGCUUGCGUACAACUGGCUUAACCUUCUGGCGCUAUUCACCUCAACCCUGUCGCUCAUAUAUGCUAUCACGGUUCAGCCCACCGAUCUCGCUACGGCCUUAAAAGAGACGAGGGCAGUUGACGAUCUUGAUCUGUCUAUCGAGCUCUUCGAUACAUUGGGAAUCAAAUUCUUAGCGGCAAAGAAAAUUCGAGGGAUGAUUGCAGAGGUAUCAAGAAGAUACAAAGACCUACGAACGUCGUUGUAG